ACAACAACAACAACAGCUCCUAGAAUAAACAGCACGCGUGCAUGAGUGUGCACGAGUCUCACAUCCAUGCGAGCAACCCAGGAAAGUGGUGGUGGUGGUGGUGGUGGGGAGGGGGUCUUUAAAAAACACACAAUCACACAAUACACAAUGGUGUUGCCCGGGGCUGCCGCGGUAGCUCUCAGACUAACCCGGCAGAGGCAGCCGGAGACCCGCUCGCCUCCUUUGCGUGACAGCUGCGGGGCCAAUGGCAGCGUGCACGGGGCCAGCUGCGCCCGGCUGCAGCCAAUGGAAAAACGCGGAGCAGCUCCCGGAUCCGGAGGGUGAGGUUAGGCUGGCUGCCGGAGCCACACCGCCGAUGAGAAACUUCCAGCGGAGCCGAGCAGAGCUGCUGCCGCUGCGGCCGCUGCAGUGGCCAUUUUAGGUAAGAAGUUUGUGGAGGAGGCUCGUGUGUGUGUGGAGGUUGUGCAGCCCCGGGAUGUGUGCGAGAGUCCGGCAUCCACAGUGAAUGAACCCCGCGGAUCUGCCUCCUUUAUGUGGAUCAAACUCCUCUUCCUCCUCCCUCCUCCUUCCCUCACCUCCUCAUCCCUCUCUCCUCUCUCCCCCUCCCUCCCCUGCCUGCUAAUUUUUUAUGCAUUUUUCUAAACUGUCAUGGCGAUUUUGUGUCCUUGGAAAUAAAAGAAGAAGAAGCGCCAGUGGGGUUUAUUUUCUUGGUUUUCCGGGCGGAGGAGAUGGAGACGUCUCGCCGGUGAGAGCGAGCGAGUGUCCGGAGCAGAUGCAGUGAAGGGAUAGAAGAUGAAAAUACACAAAAAGGACAAGCAGCAGAUGUUCACUGGUCUCCUGAAGCACACGCCACCUCCAGCCUCCGCUGCAGCAGCCUCCUCCUCUGCCUCGGACCAAAACAGCAACGCACAAACCACAGUUCCUACAAUCCCACGGGGACACCUUGUCUUGGGCCCCAGGGAUCAGCUCCGCCUCAUCUCCCCCGUGGGCAGCACGGCUACGUCCAAUCACUGCACGGCCGCCGGGGCCCACGCCACUAGACACUCCGGAGGAGCCCCGCGGCCACCGUCCUCCCUGAGCGAGGAGGACGAUGGAGGAGGCGGAGGCAGGGUGAAGAAGAAACGAAAGAAAAAGGACAAGAGACAAUGGGAGCGAGGGGACGUUGAGGAAAGGGAAAGCAGCAAACCAAAGAAACGAAAAGAUGAGAAGGCGGCGAUGGUGGUCACGCUGAGGAAGAGCAAGGAGCCCAAGGAAGGCAAAGAGCGGAGGGAGCGCAGGAGCAAGGGGAAGGAGGGCAGGAAGGAGAGCGGGGCAGACCUGAAGAAUGUUCCGGCAGGAAAAAUGGCCGCUGUGGCUGCCGGAGCAGCUCAAGUGCCGGUUAAGGUGCCUGGAAGGAGGGGGAGGAAACCGAAAGUCAAGAUCCUUCCUCCUGUUCCGACAAAUCAAGCAGCUCCUCCUUCAAGACUCCAUGCUAAGGUCCCGGUGCAAAUCCACGGCACCCAUGCCAAGAACCACGGCCAGGCCAACAGCAAGACCCCAGUCCCCUCAGCACCCAAACAGAGGGGCCGCAAACCCAGAGAUCCUGGCGCAGCGCCCGUGGAAAAGAAGAAGAAGGGGAAGAGGAGAAACCAGGAAGUGGCUGUCCAGGAGGGGGCGGAGAGUGACGACACUACCUCAAUGUCAGCCCUCAACAUGGGCGGAGAGGACAGCCAAGACCCCCUGGAUAUUGCGAAACGGCGUUCAGGGCGACAAGUCAAGAGGAGGAAGUACAACGAGGAUUUGGACUUUAAGGUGGUGGAUGAUGACGGAGAGACGAUCGCUGUCCUCGGAGCCGGUCGCAUCUCAGCGCUCAAUGCCACUGCUCUGGCGUGGCAGGCAGAGGAACCACCUGAGGACGAGGCCAACAUCAUUGAGAAAAUUCUGUCCGUCAGAACGGCGAAGAAAGAGACCUCACCCUCAGAGGACCAAGUGGAGGAGACUGAGGAGUUUUACGUCAAGUACAGAAAUUUUUCCUACCUACACUGUAAAUGGGCCACGCUGGAGGAGCUGGAGAAAGAUCCUAGAAUCCACCAGAAGAUUAAACGCUUCAGGACCAAACAGGCCCAGAUGAAACAUCUGUUCACCGAGCCUGAUGAAGAUUUAUUCAACCCGGACUAUGUAGAGGUGGACAGAGUUCUGGAGGUGGCUGUUACCACUGAUACUGAGACUGGAGAGGAGGUGACGCAUUACCUGGUUAAAUGGUGCAGCCUGUCAUACGAGGAGGCGACGUGGGAGCUGCAGGAGGACUUGGAUCCAGAGAAGGUGAAAGAGUUUGAGCACAUCCAGAAGCUGCCGGCAGACCUCCGACACAUGGAACGACCUUCUCCAGAGAAGUGGCAGAAGCUGGACAAGUCGAGAGAUUACAGGAAUGGAAACCAGCUCAGAGAAUAUCAGCUAGAGGGAAUGAACUGGUUACUGUUCAACUGGUACAACAGAAAAAACUGUAUCCUGGCUGAUGAAAUGGGUUUGGGAAAGACCAUCCAGUCCAUCACCUUUCUGUUUGAGAUCUUCAACAUGGGGAUCCGCGGCCCCUUCCUCAUCAUCGCGCCGCUGUCCACCAUCACCAACUGGGAGAGAGAGUUCCGCACGUGGACGAACAUGAACGUCAUCGUGUAUCACGGCUCGCAGAUCAGCCGUCAGAUGAUCAUGCAGUACGAGAUGUUUCACAGAGACGCGCAGGGCAACAGUAUCCCUGGCGUGCUGAAGUUUCACGGGUUGAUCACCACCUUUGAGAUGAUCAUGGCUGAUUGUCCGGAGCUGAGGAAGCUGCACUGGCGCUGUGUGGUGAUCGACGAAGCCCAUCGACUGAAGAACAGGAACUGCAAACUGCUGGAGGGACUCAAACUCAUGAACCUGGAACACAAGGUUCUGCUCACAGGAACCCCUCUGCAGAACUCUGUGGAGGAACUGUUCAGUCUGUUGAACUUCUUGGAGCCGCUGCAGUUUCCCUCAGAAAGCAGCUUCCUGGAGGAGUUUGGAGACCUCAAAACAGAAGAACAGGUGAAGAAGCUUCAGGCCAUUUUGAAGCCGAUGAUGUUACGAAGACUUAAAGACGAUGUAGAAAAAAACCUGGCACCCAAAGAAGAGACCAUCAUAGAGGUGGAGUUGACCAACAUUCAAAAGAAAUACUACAGAGCGAUCUUAGAGAAGAACUUCUCCUUCCUGUCCAAAGGAGCGAACCAGCACAAUAUGCCCAACCUCAUUAACACCAUGAUGGAGCUCCGCAAGUGCUGCAACCACCCCUACCUUAUCACAGGAGCUGAAGAGAAGAUUCUGGAAAGUUUCAGGAAGAGCCACAGUCCGGACGCGCUGGACUUCCAGCUGCAGGCGAUGAUCCAGGCGGCCGGAAAACUGGUGCUGAUUGACAAGCUGCUGCCCAAACUGCUGGCCGGGGGACACAAAGUCCUGGUCUUCUCACAGAUGGUCCGCUGUCUGGACAUCCUGGAGGACUACCUCAUCCAGAGACGCUACACGUAUGAGCGCAUCGACGGCCGUGUGCGAGGGAACCUGCGGCAGGCGGCCAUCGACAGGUUCUGUAAGCCCGACUCGGACCGCUUCGUCUUCCUGCUCUGCACCAGAGCUGGGGGGCUGGGAAUCAACCUGACGGCCGCAGACACCUGCAUCAUCUUCGACUCAGACUGGAACCCGCAGAACGACUUGCAGGCUCAGGCACGCUGUCACCGGAUUGGCCAGAGCAAAGCGGUGAAAGUCUACAGACUGAUCACCAGGAACUCGUACGAGAGGGAAAUGUUCGACAAGGCCAGUCUGAAGCUCGGACUGGAUAAAGCUGUUCUCCAAGAUAUAAACCGUAAAGGAAGCCUCAACGGGGUGCAGCAGCUUUCAAAACUGGAGCUGGAGGACUUGUUGAAAAAAGGAGCGUAUGGGGCCCUGAUGGACGAAGAAGACGAGGGCUCCAAGUUCUGCGAGGAAGACAUUGAUCAGAUUCUUCAAAGACGAACUCAGACCAUCACCAUCCAGACUGAGGGGAAAGGCUCCACAUUCGCUAAGGCCAGUUUCACCUCAUCUGGAAACAGAACGGACAUUUCUCUGGACGACCCCAACUUCUGGCAGAAAUGGGCCAAGAUCGCUGAAGUGGAGAUCGACUCCAAAUCCGAGAAGGAGUCCCUGGUGAUCGACACGCCUCGGGUGAGGAAACAGACCCGUCACUACAACUCCUUCGAGGAUGACGAGCUGAUGGAGUUCUCCGAGCUGGAAAGCGACUCGGAGGACCGGCCGUGUCGCAGUCGUCGCCUGGGCGAGCGCAGCCGACGCUACCUCCGUGCUGAGUGUUUCCGGGUCGAAAAGAAUCUACUGAUCUUUGGUUGGGGUCGGUGGAAGGACGUCCUAAACCACGGUCGCUUCAAGUGGCACCUGGCAGAGAGAGAUAUGGAGGUGAUCUGCAGAGCUCUGCUGGUCUACUGUCUGAGACACUACAAAGGUGACGACAAGAUCAAGAGCUUCAUCUGGGAUCUGAUCACACCCACCAAGGAGGGCCAGGACCAGACGCUGCUCAAUCACUCCGGUUUAUCAGCUCCGGUCCCUCGGGGUCGGAAGGGGAAGAAGCUGAAGAAUCAGCUGAACAUUCCUGAAGUGAAGAACGCUGACUGGCUGGUCCACUGUAACCCUGAAGUGGUUCUGCAGGACGAGAGCUACAAGAAGCACCUCAAACAGCACUGCAACAAGGUGCUGCUGAGGGUGAGGAUGUUGUACUACCUGAAGGUGGAGGUGUUGGGUGAGGCUGCCAAUCAGGCUCUGGAGGGGAUACCUGCCAGUAAACUUGAGGUGUCGCUACCAGACAUCGACUACAUUGAGAUCCCCGCGACGUGGUGGGACGCAGACGCCGACAAGUCCCUCCUCAUAGGAGUCCACAAACACGGAUAUGAGCGGUAUAACGCCAUGCGUGCUGAUCCGGAGCUGUGUUUCCUGGAGAGGGUGGGGAUGCCAGAUGUCACGGCGCUGACAGUUGAACAGGGUGGAGGAGAGGGGGCUGCAGACAUGACCGACAGUGUUUGUAAAACAGAGGAGGCGAAGGAUGAUGCUGAAAACAAAGCUGACGGAGGAGAGGACAGAGACGAGAGCAGCAAGGGAGAAGAAACCUGCUCCAGCACUGAUACCUCGGACAAACCUGACAGUACAGGUCCAGACUCCCAAAUGUUGACUGAUGUCUGCGUCCAGGAUGGGCCUUUGGUCACCACGACAACAACGGGAACAGGAACGGGUGUGGCGGCUCUGCACGUGGUCCAGGCUCGACCUCUCUGGCCCACGGGCCCAGCCUUGACGGCUCGUGUGCGGCGCCUCAUCACCGCCUACCAGCGGUUCACGCUGCGCCGCGAGCCACUGCUCAGGCACGACUUCCUGCUUCACGAUGGCCUUGUUGGCAUGGGGAUGGGAGGAGGCGGAUCCUCUCACAGUCAUCAUGCUGGCGGACCGUUGGCGUGGCAGCUGGGAGAAGAGCUGAGGAGGUGUUCCGUUGUCGCCACAGAACCGGACCCUCUGUUUCUGGAGUGGCAGAGGAGGUGGACUCGUCGAGAGCAAGCGGACUUCUACCGCACCGUGUCGUCGUACGGGGUGGUCUACGACCCAGAGAGGAAAACCUUCGACUGGUCUCAGUUCAGAGCUCUGGCCCGACUGGAGAGGAAGACGGACGAGAGUUUGGAGAGAUACUUUAACUCCUUCGUCAACAUGUGCAGGACGGCCUGCAAGCUGCCUCUGAGGAAGGAAGAAGGGCUGGUGGAUCCCGCAGUGCUCGUGGAGCCUCUGACAGAGGAGAGAGCCGCCCGGACUUUGUAUCGCAUCGAGCUGCUCCGCAAAAUCAGAGAGCAGGUUCUCCGUCACCCGUUACUCUCCGCCCGCCUCCAGCUGUGCCGCCCCUCCCUCUACCUCCCGGUCUGGUGGGAGACCGGCAAACACGACCGCGACCUCCUCAUCGGUGCGGCACGUCACGGCUUGAGUCGAACCGACUUCUACAUCCUCAACGACCCCCAGCUGAGCUUCCUGGAGGCUCACAGGAACUACGUCAAAAGACAGCCCUCUCACCUUCAUCCUCAGAGUUACCAUCACUCUCACCAUCCUGGCUUGUCGAUCUCGUCCUCUUCUUUCUCCUCGUCGCAUCCGCAGCUGCCGCAUCCUCACUGCUGCUUGUACGACUCAGGUCUCGGUCGUCACUCCCCUCAGCCUCCUGAAUACCCCCACCAGUCCUCUCACCACCACCAGCAUCACCACCAGCAUCACAUUAUGCCUCCAUCAGCUCCUUCUCCUUCGUCCUCUUCUUCCUCUUCCUCUCACCCUCACCUCCAACCUCCGCCGCUGGAUGCCCACGAUUCUGCCUCACCGAGCCUGGGAAUGGUGCCUGGGUCACGGGGAGAUUUCCUUGACUGUCCCCCUUUGGAUGAAUCCCUGGAGCUGAGUUCCCUGCAGCAUGACGCCAUGUCUGCAGAUGCGUUACAUGGAGGGAAAACGUCCAAAGAUGCCCUCAACGGUUUCCCGUUCAACUCUGCUGCAGGAGGUCAGAGUAUGCUCAACUCGUACGGCGUGGGCGGAACAGACCUGGAUUCAAAACUAAGGAGUGACGUGCUUGUAGGCGAGCAGGGUUCGUCAGAGGAAACAGGGCUGAUGGCGCCGUCAGUGGAGCUGGACCAGUUACAGGCUCCCUGGGACGGAACAGACCACUCCAGUCCUGCUCACCACAUGUUCAACGAGUCCGAUCCAAUCCUGGGUCCCUCCGCUCUGGAGACCGGCUUUCUGGAGGAGGAGGACGAGGAGACGCAGGGGGGAGACAGAGGAGGGGAGGAAGGUGGAACGCUGGAGGAGUGUCUGGGCCUUCCGCCCUCAUCCUCCCCGUCCCACCCAUCUGCAGGAGAUUCAGUGGAGCCGCUGUCCUCCAGCUACAUGCUCUUUAAGGACAUUGGUGUGAGUGAGGAACCCAGCGCCGAUCAAACUGACCUGUCAGUGAGCCCUCCUCCGCCGUACGUCCCCCCUCCUCCCCUCUCUCUGUCUGACAUCACCGCCCACGAGCCACAGGACAGGCUGGGCCACUCCGAUGUCGCUGUGAGCCUGACCAAUCCUGUGGACGAGGAAGAGGAGCGGGACGGAGGCGCUGGGUUUGAGUUCGACGAGAAGGAGGAAGAAGAUGUGGAAGACUUGUCGGGGGAGAACAUGGAGCAGAGGGGACACAAAGAAGGAGAUCGGCGUCUGGAAGGAGAGCAGAGUGACACGCAUCAAGACCAAAGUUUGGGAGUCUUGAAUCCACACAUGGACCAGAUCGAUGGGUUAGAACCAGAAGAACAGGACGAGAGGAUGGACGUGUCAAACCAUCUGUCUCAAGACUUUCAGCAGCGCUUUGAGCAAGGACAACAUAAAACGGGCUUUCCCCGAGUCGUGCAUCCUUAUCUCGGGAAGAUCGAGCAGUGUCCCGAGUCUAUUGAAGAGCCGGAGGAGGAGGUGGACGGGUUGAUUUUGUAUCAGACCGUUGAUGGAGAGACGAAUGAAAAGUCUGGAACUUUAAUAGGAAAUGCAUCUGAAGAGUUCCUGCAAGCGAGAGAAUUAGCAGAAGAUUCCAGAGAGGAUGGUUCGAUGGAGCACACAGAUCUUUCAGAUCAAGUUGAUGAGGACGUUCCGGUGAAACAAUCAAACACUAAAGCCUGUGAGACCGAGCUGGACGAUGUCUACUCAGACUGCACACGACCCUCCUGCCCUUCAGCCUCCCUCACCUCUGUUACAGACGCAUCAAAGUCUGAUGAGACCAACACAAAGAACGGUGGGAAUGUCGCCACAGAUCAGGAAGAUUACGAAGGUCCAGGUGAAGACUGUAAGAACGGAGCCCUGACAAUCGCCCCAUAUCAGGACAACAAAGACAAUCUGCUUCAACGCAUCAAAAUCAAACCCGUCGCUGCUCUGCCUGAAAACAGCAUUGACGCGAAACCAUCCGAUCUUAAAUUCCCUCUGUUACCAAACGAUGGGGGUGAGAAGAAACUGGCUCAACUGGAGCAGCCAAUCAAGGUAGAGGAGACAAAGAUGGAGGUCGCUGAGGAGGCGUUACCCGUAUACCCUGACAGCUGUGAAGUCAAACAUGCAAAGUUUCUCGCUUACCCCGUCAAGUCAGAAAAGUUAGUGACCAAAGCGGAGCAGUUAGAUUAUCCCCUGAAAGAAGAAACCCCGCAGUCAAAACCCGAAGAUCUAAGCAUCUCCAUGAAGCCUGAGAGCGUGGACCAUAAACCUGAAGUUCUCCAGUUUGCAGCCUUCUCAGAUGGCGUCGAAGUCAAACCUGAAGCCAAACCAGUGGCUCUCGACUUCACGUCUUAUCCAGAUGUCGCCAAGCUUAAGAGUGAGACGAAGCCAGAGGGUUUAGGGUUAACAGCUUUUCCUGACACGUCCGUCAUCAAGCCUGAAGCCAAGCCGGACGUUCUGGAGCUCGCAGCCUACCCGGACAGCUCAGAGGUCAAACCUGAGGCCAAGCCCGAGGGCCUCGAGUUCACGGAGAUCAAAUCUGAGACGAAGCAGGAGCUGCUGGAGGCCGACAGCACUGUCCUGACCCCGAAGCUCGAGCAAGCGGACGGGCUGGUGGACUCCUCGGAGAGCCUGGUGGAGAAAGGCCAAGUGAAGGAGGAGAGGCCGAGUACACCAGUCCCUGUGGUGGAAGGAUACGCGGGCAGCCCCAGGUUUGCAGCUCCCAUCUCCAUGUGUGACAUUCCCGACAGUCUCCAUGACGCCAGGGAGCCGACCAUCGCUCAGCUCUUACAGGAGAAGGCACUUUACUCGUUCUCAGAGUGGCCGAAGGACCGGGUGAUCAUUAAUCGUCUGGACAGCAUCUGUCACGCCAUCCUGAAAGGGAAGUGGCCUUGGCCCAGCGAGCAGCACGACGCGCCUGGUUCCCUCUCCGCCAACUCCUGCCUGGCCAACAGCUUGGCCCAGCACCACCACCACCACCACCAGCAGCGAGCGGGAUUCCUCCCCACCACGACCUCAAGCUCCGUCCAGGGACAGGCCAGAGUUCAGCAGACAAACCCGGGACUGGCGUUCCAGAUCCCUCCGCCUCUGACGAGACUACCUAAGUACAUGCCGCGGGGCGGCGCAUGCGGGCGCGGAGCUUGGCGCCUCACCUCCUUGCCUCUCUUACAGGAGAGGCUCGUGGCUCCUCCCUACCUCCCCGAGCUCAAACGUGCAGGAGGUCGGAGGUCUUUCGACUACGAAGCCGCGGCCGCUGCAGCCGCUGCCAAGGUUUUAGCUGGGAAAUCAGCGUCGGCGUGCCACGCUGCCGCCGCCACAAGCUCCAGUGGUGAGAAGGUGCCGGUGGUGGCCCCGCCCUCUCACCGCACAGGAGCCAUGUUGAUGAACGGCUGGCAAGAAGCAGCCAUCGAUCUAACCAAGUCGUCUACAGAAAUAAGCACCACUAGUGGCAGUGGCUCGGGUGACGCUGUGGUUGCACCAGGAAUCAGCCACCACGGUGCCGGCAGCGGCCACAAGCUGCCGCCGCCCCCCAUCACAGCACCGUUAACUGGCUCUGUGGGAAUCGACAUGGCGGGGAUACUGCAGGCCGGGCUCAUCCAUCCUGUUACAGGGCAGAUAGUUAACGGGAGCCUGAGGGGAGAUGACUCACUGAGGAGGAGGAGAGGGAGGAGGAGAAACGUGGAAGCUCUGUACUCUGAGUUCACCAAGAGCCGAGGACUGCACCUCCCUGAGACACAGGUGGGUCAGUGUGAGGCCAGUUUGAACUGUGUGUAG